UUGAAUAAUGUCGCAUCCUACUCCAGGAAAACGUUUCCAACUCGAGAAAGAAGUCAUCGAGGCUAUCCCGGACCUUCUUGUCAUUAAGCCAAAGGUGUUCCCAGACGAGCGUGGUUUCUUUUCCGAGAGUUACAACAAAACUGAAUGGGCAGAGAAAAUCGGCUACACUGAGGAUCUUCAACAGGAUAACCACUCGUUCUCCCAUUAUGGCGUUCUCCGUGGUCUUCAUACCCAACCACACAUGGGAAAAUUAGUUACUGUGGUUAGCGGCGAGAUCUUCGAUGUGGCUGUUGACAUUCGCAAGGACAGUCCAACGUACGGAAAAUGGCAUGGAGUGGUUCUCAACGGAGAUAAUAAGCACGCAUUCUGGAUUCCAGCCGGGUUCCUUCACGGAUUCCAAGUUCUCAGCAAAGAAGGAGCUCAUGUCACUUAUAAGUGCUCCGCUGUUUACGAUCCAAAAACCGAAUUCGGAAUCAACCCAUUCGACGAGGAUAUCAAUGUAGAUUGGCCAAUCAGGGAUAAAACGGUUGUUAUUGUUUCGGAGCGAGACACACAACAUGCAUCAUUCAAAUCUCUAUAAUAAAUCUAUAAAAUAACUAUUUCUUAUCAAUAACUAUUCUUGUACUCAUUUAUUUUUUUAUAUUUAAACUGAAAACUAAAGUUAAAGAUAAUAAACGUUUCAGAUUGU